AUCUCCCUUCUCUCGCUCUUUCGAUAAUUUCAUUUGAAAAUUUGAUUUCAAUUCAUCUCUGUUCCACUCUCCGUAAAGAGUAAGAUCUCAAACCGAUUCGUCAAUGGAUAAUUCCAAGAUUCAAGAGAUCCUAGAGCAACAAGUGAUUUCUGUUGCAAAAGCCUACGAAGACAAGCUCGAUGAAGAGAUUUCAGCUCUGGAUCGGCUCGAUGAAGACGAUCUCGAGGCGUUGAGAGAGAGAAGGCUCCAUCAAAUGAAGAAAAUGGCGGAGAAACGGAGUCGUUGGUUGGCUCUUGGACAUGGAGAAUAUUCAGAGAUCCCUGUCGAGAAGGAGUUCUUUUCUAUUGUUAAGGCUAGUGAUCGCGUCGUCUGUCAUUUCUACCGUGAAAACUGGCCUUGUAAGGUUGUUGACAAACAUUUGAGUUUAUUAGCAAAACAACAUAUCGAGACACGUUUUGUGAAAAUUAACGCAGAGAAAAGUCCUUUCUUAGCUGAAAAGCUCAAGAUUGUUGUUCUUCCAACUCUUGCCCUCAUCAAGAAUGCCAAAGUGGAUGACUAUGUGGUGGGAUUCAAUGAACUUGGAGGAAAAGACGAUUUCACGACAGAAGAACUGGAAGAAAGGAUAGCCAGAGCUCAAGUUAUAUUUUUCGAAGGGGAAUCAUCUUUUAAGGGAUCGAAAUCGGGUACUCAAACAAGAAGUGUUCGACAGGGGACAGAAUACUCUUCGGAUUCUGAGUAAUGAAUAGUACUAAACCCGAAAAAAGGUAUGUUUCUUAUUUCAAUUUUUGUAUUUUAUUUUGAUGGAUUAUUGGAUGAAAAAUAGAUUAAGUUUUAAUGUGUUGUAAUUUUGAUUGUAUUA